GCGCGAGACUGUAGACUGAUUGCGACAUUGAAGUAACUAUAACUCAUGGCUUAAAAUCUGAACGCUAGAGUCAGCGAAAGGGAUAUCCAGAAGGGAACCAUGCAUGCUAAACCUGGAGUUAUCUGGGAUAUUAUAGAAUUCUCCUCUAGGAUUUGGCUUCUUCUCAGCUUUGAAACAGUGGUGUUGGUAUGCGGUCAAAAGGGCGAUGGGUGUGGACACACCAUCUUCAGCCCUACCAGUGGCACACUGGCCUCACGGAACUUCCCAGGAACCUACCCCAACCACACCCAGUGUGAAUGGACUCUAAGGGUACCAAAGGGCCAGACACUGCUCUUGACCUUUGGGGACUUCGACUUGGAGUGGAGCCAAGAAUGCACAGCUGGCUCUCUUACCUUCACAGACAGUAAUGGAUCCACCAGAGUAGGUCCUUUGUGUGGGCAGUUGGCUGCAAAGAACAAGAAUGUGUCUGUUAGUACUAAUGAAGUCACUGUGCGUUUUGUCUCCGGCACCCACCGUUCUGGGCGAGGCUUUGUCAUGUCCUAUUCAACCAAUCAGCACUCAGAGCUCAUUUCAUGCCUGUACCGAGGAACACAUUCCUCCUCUCAGCAGAUCAGUGCGUUCUGUCCUGCUGGCUGCAAAGGUGUUGCAGGAGAAAUCUGGGGCUGGCAUGGGCAAGGAUACCGUGAUACGUCUGUAUUGUGCAAAGCUGCAAUCCAUGCGGGGGUUAUUUCAGACAGUCUGGGUGGCAUGAUCACUGUGUCCCUGCAAAGGGGCAUUACUCUAUAUGAGUCAAACUUCGCUAAUGGAAUACUGUCUAAAACCGGUUCCUUAUCAGAUAAACGGCUUGUCUUCCACAGAGAGUGUGAUAGUGAGCUAAGAGUGGUGGCCUAUAACACCUCUUCAGUGUGGGACGAGGUGAACAGAUUCGGUGAGCAGGUCUCGUGGUCUCCAAGAUAUGGGAACUCUCACUGGACUGCCAGCUCUGAAGAUCAGCACCCAUGGCUGGAGCUUGAGCUGUGGAACAGGAGUACUGUCACAGGCAUCAUAACAAAGGGUACACCAAACUACUACAUUGAAUCUUACACCCUCAUGUUCAGCAAAGACCGCAAAAACUGGAAAGUUUACAAAGCUCCAUCUAGCAAAGAAAGAAAGGUUUUUGAGGCCUAUGAUGAUGGUCAUUGGACAGUGCUCAACAGUUUGAUUCUUCCAGUAGUAGCACGCUACCUUCUUCUCAAACCCCAGCAGUGGCAUAUCAGAGCCUCUGCACAAGUACAGGUGCUGGGUUGCCCCUCUGCCCCUUUCAGAUCCCGUUCUUAUGGAGAUGGAUUCAGCUCUGGCAAGACAGCUGUCACAGAAACAGUACCACUAGACACACUGCCUACUGAGGAUCCUGUGAUCACAAGAAACUUAGGCCCCAGCCAGGCAGUGAUACUAGUGGCAGGCAUGGUUUUGGGUGCCGCUCUGUGUGUGGGUUGCCUUUUGGCUGGACUCAUUUGGUGGAGAAGAAAAAGAAGUGCAGAAAUAAAGAAAUGUUGCGUUGACCGAGGCAGUCAGGGUCUCCAUGGGAAGAAGCUUCCGUGCACAAACCUUGAGCUUAUAUCAUACCCUCUUGUUAGGAACAUCCACGACGCUCUCCCCAACCCUCCUCACAAUGACUAUGCUGAGCCUGAUGUAGUAGCAGCUGGGCAGAUGGGUCUCACAUUCAGACCUCUGAUGGAAGAGGGCUACACCUUCCCCUUUGCUCUCAACCACUAUGACACCCCCGGACAACAACCUCCUAAAUACACAGAUCCGCUGCCCCCCGAACCAGAAUAUGCUACUCCCUUUGGUGAAAUAAACUCUCUCAUAUCACAAUCAAAGAACACCAAUCUACCUAUAUGUCGAUCCACACAGGGUAAAAGAGCAGUGCUGGGACAACAGUAUGACUGCCCUGCCCACAGAAUGAUCUCUAAUGGGUAUUGUACUCCAGUCUCAGAUGGUACUAGCCAAAAGGCAAGUGUGAUCUACGCUGAGCCUCAGACAGUGGAACCACUAAUGCAUACCUACCAUGAGCCACUUUGAGCCACUAUAGCAUCUACUGAAGACACUUGUGCCUAGCCUUUGUUAGGCUGCUUCAAAGUACAUUUCUGCCAUUCUAAAGACAACAAACAGAACAUGAAUGGGCAAAUCAUAUUAAUAAGAAGAGUAUGCAGGGUUCACAACAGGGAAUUUUCAAAUUGCGUUUGCCCGGCCACGAAACGUAUGGAAAAUGAGUCCUAACAACUAAUGGAAAAGUCAUCUCAAUAGUGAAUAUUGAUUUUUCUAGUCAUGCCUGGCUGUAAAAUAUUUCAACAACUUGAAAUUGCUCUCUGUGAGUGCAAUAUCUAUAAAAUGAUUAAAAAAAGACAUCCAGUAAUCUCAAACAACUAGAAAAGUCUUGGAAAUUCAUUGGUCAAAAGAUGCAGGAAUCCUGAAUGCUUUUAGCACUGUACACUUUAACUGCAGCCAAACAUGAAAGUAUGGACAAUUGUAUUAAUACCUUUAACGAUUGAUACACAUAAAUGUAUCAUACAAAACUCUGUUGUUGCUACACGUACUUUAGAUUUGAGUAUAAGGGAUUUUACUGUGGCCAUUAAUGGAUUAUUAUUAUUUGGGAGAAAUUAUUUAUAUUGAAAGCUGUUCAGCUGACCACUGAACCUGUGUAUUUUUAUUUCAUGUAAAUGUCAAUUUCAUGUUUGUUUUAUAACUGUAACUAAUCAGCUUAUACUCCAUGAGGAUUUUGGUUCUGAGGUUGAAACCACUUUAGUAUUCAGAAAUAUUUUUUACAUUUUGCAUGCUUAUUAAAUUGUUUUUUUUUUAAAGAAUUGUUUCAUAGCCAAUUUUAAAAGGUUGAUUUAAUCCAAUCACCCUGCUGUUAUUUAUAUAAGAAAAACUAUUUAAAGGUGCACUUAGUAAUUCCUAUUAAUUGUUUGUUUACUGACACCUGUUUUCGGUUACCAAUGUCAUUGUAGAAAUACUCUUUUUGCUGGCAUUUUUGUCACCUAUAAUUAAAUUUUUGGGUAACCAAGAUAAAGUGAGAAGUAUUCAUGUGAUCUAGGAUAUUUUUAAGAUUUGAAACUUUUGGUUUUCCUUUUCUCACAUAAACCCUGCCUCUCACAAAUCACUCUCACUGGAAAGUGAUAAUUUAAGGGGUUCUGUUUCAGACACCCAAGGAUCCUGGUGCAGUAACGCUCUUCCUCUGUUGACAAAGAUUGGCAAGUUAAGACAUUGACUCUCUUGAUCUGCUUCACUGUUUUGCAAUCCUUUAGCAGUCAUGGAUGUCUCUCUGUGGAAAUACCAGUUUAAAAUCAUCCUGCUAGGUUAUGAUAAUGUGGGAAAGUCAUGCUUGCUGGAGCGCUACACAAAGGGCUUGUUUCCAGAGCACAUAUAUGCGACCAUUGGAGUGAACGUAAGAUUUCACUCCUUAGAGGUUGACCCAGGGGUCAUAAUGAAACUGCAGCUUUUUGAUACAGCUGGUCUUGAGUUCUUACGGUGAGCAUUGAGAAUAAUACACAUUUGCACACUCUUUAUGAUUCCAUGAACCUAUUAUUUAAAAACUGAUAAAUAAUAAUAUGAGUUGAACUGAUAAAAUGAAAACAGUUUGUGAUUCAUAUCGUUAAAGAGAUUUAGGAGUUUACCUAAAAAUGAAAGUUUGGUCAUCAUUUACUCAACCUCAUGUUAUUCCUUUAAAAAAAAAAAAAAAGCAAAUAUCAAGGUUACAGUGAGGCACUUACAAUGGAAGUGAAUGGGGUCAGUUUUUGGAGGGUUUAAAGGCAGAAAUUUGAAGCUUAUAAUUCAUUAAUUUGAAUAACUUAUAAAGCACAUGUAUUACUUGAGCUGUAAAGUUGUGUAAAUUGUCACGUUUACAGUAGUUUUAGGGUUUGUUGACAUAUCAUCGUGGCUAUAACUUGACGAUACAAGUUACAUUAUAUUAUAAAAUUGGUAAUAACUUUAAACAGAAAAGGUUAGUAAGCUAUUUUAUCACACUAAAAUCAUGUAAACACACAUUUUGAUUAAGUCUUGUGGCUCUACUUUUGAAAUUGUUCACAUUUACAGAUUGGCACCAUUCGCUGACAUUCUAAGUGCCUUAGUAACCAAAUGUUAUGCUACUUUUAAAGAAAAGGAGGGACGAGUAAAAAUGUAUUUUUGUUAGAUAUCCUGUAGAUAUCCAACAGUGUUUAAUUGUGGAAUUCAUUGUUGGGUUUUUAGUUUAGUUGUAAUCCACAGCCUACUUAACAACGAUAACAACCAAUUCAAUUGCUUUUGAAACAGCCAACAUACAGGAUAUGAUAGAUAUUCAUGUAUGUUUCUGAAUAUGUAAAUUCAUGUAAAAAAAAAAAAAAAAAAAACGUGUGAUGCACGUUUACGUAAAUAACUCAGCUGGAUGUCUGCUGGUGUUUGACCUGAGCAAUCAUCACAUGUUCAGCUACCUUACGCGUUAGCAUACAGAGUAUCAAGAUCCAGCGUCCAUAUACUGUUCACUUAGUGCUAGUGGGACAUAAGAGCGACCGGAAAGAGCGAGAAGUGACUCGAGAGGAGGCAGAACUGCUCGCAAGCGAAUUCGGAGCUAUGUACAUCGAGUCUUCAGCCAAAACGGGUCACAAUGUGUGUUUUGAGAUGUUGACCCGGCGCAUUUAUCAAGGCUUUUUGAAUGGAGAGGUGCAGGCCGGGGUUACAUGCUCCACAAAGAACCAUAACGACGUGCCAGCUGAAGACAACAAAUGCUGUGCCUCUUAAUUUACAACAUUUAGCUCUAGACAAAUUUUAGACCAUGGGAGGAAUUAUUUAUGAUGUUUGUUUAGUUCACCACUUAACAUACAGUAGGAUGUGUGUCUAUAACUAAUCAGAAUGUACGGA